GCCCCGCCAUGGAGCUGGAGCCCGUGCCCGCCUCCUGGCUGACGGCCGCGCCGCCCCCGGCCGCCGCCGACGGCCUCGUCAACGGCUCAGCGGCGGCCAACGCCACGGCUGCCGGCGGCGGCUUCUACUCGGUGACACAGACAGUGCUGCUCAUCCUGGUGACCAGCGUGCUCGUCUCCGUCACCGUGGUCGGCAACAUCAUGGUCAUGGUGUCGUUCCACAUCGACAAGCAGCUGCAGACCAUCAGCAACUACUUCCUGUUCAGUCUGGCGGUGGCCGAUUUUGCCAUCGGGCUCAUCUCGAUGCCGCUGUUCACGGUGUACCAGGUGAUGGGUCGGUGGGUGAUGGGUCCGGUGGUCUGUGACACGUGGCUCGCUCUGGACUACCUGGCAUCGAACGCGUCCGUGCUGAACCUUCUCAUUAUCAGCUUCGACCGGUACUUUUCUGUGACGCGUCCGCUGACCUACCGAGCGCGGCGCACGAACCGUCGAGCGGCAGCAAUGAUCGCCUGCGCCUGGGGCAUCUCUCUGGUCCUGUGGCCGCCCUGGAUCUACGCGUGGCCGUACAUCGAGGGCCGACGCACCGUGCCGCCGGACGAGUGUUACAUCCAGUUCCUGCAGACCAACCACUACUGGACGUUCGGCACGGCCAUCGCCGCCUUCUACCUGCCCGUGCUCAUCAUGUGUGGCCUGUACUACCGGAUAUGGCUGGAGACGGAGCAGCGGCAGCGGGAUCUGACCCACCUGCAGGCUGGCAAGAACAGCAGCAGGAGGUCAAACACCAGUCAGACGGAGGAGGGGGGCUCCGAGUCUCACCGGCGGAGGGCUGACCGCACACCGUCCCAGCGAGACGACAGUCUGAGGAGCGGCGGCGGCGGCCGGCCCACACCGGCACGAUGGGCGGACAAGGGCGGCGGCAGCUGGCGGCGGCUGAGCGCCUGGUGCGGCGGCGGCUCGGACCGGGCACACCACCACUCGGCGAUGGACCUGCCGCUGGCGGCGCGCACGGCUCCCAACGGCCGCCACCAGUCGCUCCGGCAGACCAACAGCGCCGUAUACACGACCCCCACCUACAUGUGCACGUACGGGCGGCACACCAUCCCCUCCCCACUGCCCAUCCUCAGCGGGCUGCGGCGCAACGCCAGCGCCGGCACGCUGGGCGCCUCGCGGAGCCUCUCCUCCGAGAGCGUCUACACGAUCGUCAUCAAGUUUCCGGAGCCGGUGACGCCCAGCGCCGACCCGAGCAUCACCAUGCUGAGCGACUCGGACGCGGACGCGGAGGCGGGCCACCAGCCGCACUGUCCGCUGAGCAGGAGUCCGGCGCCGGCGGCCGCCAGGGCGGGGGCGGCGGCGGCCAGGGCGGCGCGGAGACCCGCCGCCGCAGCGGCGGCGGCAGCGGCAGCGGCAGAGGACGACAGCGACAGCUCCGACGAGGACCUGCCGCUGCCGCCGCCCCCGCCGGUCUCCCGGCGGCCCUCCCAGCUGCCGGACCUGAGGAUCCCGCUCAACGCGCGCGUCAUACCCAAACAGCUCGCCAAAGCGCCCAAUCCGAAGAAGAAAAAGAAACGCGAAGAGAAGAAACAGGAGCGGAAAGCGGCCAAGACGCUGUCGGCCAUUUUGUUGGCGUUUAUAAUCACGUGGACGCCGUAUAACGUGCUGGUGCUGAUCCGAGUAAUGUUGGAGUGUGACGACUGCAUCCCGGACCAGUUGUGGAACUUCUCCUACUAUCUGUGCUACAUCAACUCCACUGUGAACCCGCUCUGCUACGCCCUGUGUAACGCCUCCUUCCGCAGGACCUAUGUGAAAAUCCUCACCUGUACGUGGUCCAAGAACAAGCGCCACCCGGCCAACAGAGUCUACUACAACUGACAGAUUGUGUUGGAUUGUACAGACCCUGCUGGACUCAGGGUAUAUUGCUGGACUCUGCUGUUGGCGGCAGUGUGAGUAACUUGUUUGUGAAGUUUGUCCAGCUGACCAUUUCCGUCGGCUCGGUACUUUGUAUGUGUGUAUCUGCGAUGUUUAAUGUUAUAAAACGUUGUGUUAACUUUCAACGGAAGAGAAGAGGGGAAGGUAGGGCCUGGCGAAAGUUCUUCGCCCGUUGUUUGAAAAAGGUCUACAUCGCGCUAACAAGUGCAUACUGGACAAUUGUUCCAGGAAGUUUUACUGCUCAGUGUUUCAAAGAGGGAACAGUUCGCGUUUCCGACUGUUUACACGCUUGUGGCCAAAGAUGUUCUCAACUGCUUCCUAAAAAUGUCACCUUUAUCGGCCCCAAGUGUUAUUGAGCUUUCAAGAGGCUUGUCGACGUUUUCUUAAGAGUAUGAGUGUUUGGCUUAUGUAGAGACUCAAGAGUUAGGUGUUAUUCUAGAGUAAAGAUUGAAUAGCAUAACGAUAACCGAUUACAUAAAAGCAUUAUAAUUUAGAAAGCUCACUAUCUUUAUUGAGGUUGCCUUUUUUAUCCAUGCUUUACAAUUCGUGUGGGGCUUGCCACCCUAAGCAAGCCAUUCUUCGAACAACCUGGGUGUCCAAAAUAUUUUAAUCGGUGUAACAUACACAAAAUGAUUUCGCUCUCCGAAUUAGUUGUAGAGUGGGUUGAAGCAGUAGCAUUGAGCAAUACUGGCGAUGGUCCUUUCCACAUCGAAUUAAGACGGUUCUGGUCGAUUGAUGAACGUUUAAGUAUGCCAUUGUCUCGUUUGUAGAUGUAACACUUCUGUCAUAUUCAUAUAUGACAUUCGUUAACUUCGCCUUUAUGUUUCACUUUAAGUCGGAUGUGUGUAUAUGUGUAUUUUCGGUGGAGAUGUGUGUUAGAUGUGACUGGACAGUACCGAGCAUGUCGCUGAUUUACAGCCAUGCCGUGUCAGAGCCCACGUUUGCCGUGCGAUGCGACUCCGCCGGGAGACUCUAGUCCGUUUUCCGAGCGGUGCGACUCCUUUGUGAGUCCGUUUGCCGUGUGGUGUGACUCCGCCGGGAGACUCUAGUCCGUUUGCCGUGUGGCAUAACUCCGCCGGGAGACUCUAGUCCGUUUGCCGUGUGGUGUGACUCCGCCGGGAGAGUCUAGUCCCGCCAUGUUUUCCCGUGACGGCGCUGUACGGUGUGUAGCUGUAGGAAGGGGACCAUCGCUUCAGUGUAUAUGAACUCGGGCCACCGUUUUUCAGUGGCUGCUCUCACGUUUCGCAUCGAGCGUCUUCCCAGACGCCGACUUUAGCGAGUGAGGGACCUUUGGCAGAUACAUAUCUCCCGUGAGACCGACAUUUGCGCCGACAAGGCCCGGCGGCUGCGUAUCGAUCGGUGUGAGGUUUGACCCGCUGUUUCCUGUUGUAUUUAAAGGUGGAAAGCGAACGGUUUAGAGGACUGCUUUUAUGCCGUUCGUUUUAUCGACGCUCAUUUCAUUGCGAUCCUGAAGGCAUUUUUGGCUAAAAUUUGCCUGAGACAUCCGUAACUGCAUCCCUGAUACCGCCGAAUAAGCGUAAGAUGUUUGUUGUUCACAACAUUUGUCGAUUAUCGUACCCGCACACAAUUUUAUACGCCCAAGAACACGAAAAGCUCAUAUUUUCGAGCGUUGAUCUACGCGCUUCUGCGUGUAUGUGUAUGCAUGUGUAGAUGAGUGUUUUCUGGAGCUGGUACCGUGGUAUCUUGAUGUCGACCAAGCGCAAUUGCGCUGGAUAGGUACUUCACCAUGUCAUCGCUUUGUGUUUUUGGCCACAUUCUAAUGGUAUUGCGUUACAUGAAUGCAUUAUGUCUAUGUGGAAUGAAGUGGGUUGAACUAUGAAUAAACUAUUGCCUUCAUGGGCG